CGUCGCAGUCGUCAGCCCUCUCUUCUUCUUCUACAAUGUUUAGGAAUACUUACGACUCGGAUAACACUGUCUUCUCACCCCAGGGAAGGCUGCACCAAGUUGAGUAUGCACUCGAGGCCGUCAAGCAGGGCAGCGCUGCCGUAGGGAUGAGGUCCAAGACGCACGCCGUACUCUUAGCGCUGAAGAGAUCCUCCGGCGAGCUGGCGUCCUACCAGCAGAAAAUGUUCCGAAUAGACGACCAUGUCGGGAUCGCCAUCGCCGGGCUAACGUCUGACGCCCGAGUGCUAAGCAACUUCAUGCGCCAGCAAGCGAUGGCAUCAAAGAUGACAUUCAACCGUCCCGUCCCUGUGAACCGCCUCGUAUCCGCCAUUGCCGAUCGGGCACAGGUCAACACCCAGGAAUACGGGCGCAGGCCGUACGGUGUGGGCUUGCUUGUGAUCGGGCAGGACCAGAGCGGACCGCACUUGUACGAGUUCUCACCUGCGGGGAACAGUUAUGAGUACUAUGCGAUGAGCAUUGGGGCACGGAGUCAGAGCGCGAAGACGUAUUUGGAGAAACACUUUGAGCUGUUCGAGAAUGCAUCGCUGGAAGACCUGAUCCGGCACGGCCUGCACGCGCUUCGCGAGACGCUGCAGCAAGACAAAGAGCUGACGAUCCACAACACCUCUAUCGGCAUCCUUGGCCCUGCAGGGGUGAACGAGCAAGCCAACAUCGCCUCCCUGGGCAAGGAGGGCGUCUUCCGGAUCUUGGAGGGGGAGGUCAUCCAGCCUUACUUGGACAGCAUGCAGCCGAAGGAAGUGCCCGCUCCUGUCACUUCUGUCGCAGCAGCAGCAGCAGCGGCGGCGGCGGCUGGUGCUCCGGCCGCGCCUGCAGCAGAGGCCCCGGCAGAGGAGAUGCCAGGCGGAUUGCCGGACGAUGAUGUCAACAUGGGUUAGGUAGUUGUUACUGUCUGAAUAGCAUCGAAUUAUU